GAGCAGCACGCGAAGCUGUAACACAUCGAAUCUGUUUUGAUUGAAUAAAAAGUGUGAUAUCUCGCACGCAAGUAGAAAGAGAAGUAGACCUAAACGUGAAGGUAGUAGACAUGCCAGGGCGAAUUUGUAAGUUAUUAUUGUGAAUUUCCAAGGCUGUCCUGCAUCAUGAGGCGCCCACAAUCGCCAGAAAGGGUUUAUUUAAAGACACUUCUUGUUAUGCUCGUAUUUUUAAAGGUCUCAGAGGAGGUGUUAGGCUGCCCUAAAUGUGAAUUCAAAGGGGUAUCAUCAACAUCAAAUAUAAAUAUAAAGGGAAAAUCCAACUGUAAUGUUGGGGAUAACUAUCACAGUACUCCCGAGGACAAUGACCUCCUUGUGUCAAAUCUAAAUCCAGGAACAUCAUAUAACCUGACAGUUAACUGUUCGACUGAAUGCUGCAAUUUACAAGUUACAACGAGACCUGAUGUCAUCAGGAACCUCUCUGUCACUGAAAUCACCACGUCAUCUGUGUCUCUGAGCUGGACUGAGCCUCAGGGAAAGAGCUCAGUCUAUAGAGUAGAGUGGAAUGACAGCUCUGUAGCUAUGAAUGAAACCACAAGUCAAACGUCCAUGAACAUAACCGGUCUGACCGCUGGAGCUCAGUAUGUGUUCAGCGUGUAUGCAGUUGCUGAGGAUAAUCAAACCGCAGGAGAUUCUGUCAGUCAGACUCAGUACACAAGACCUGAUGUCAUCAGGAACCUCUCUGUCACUGAAAUCACCACCUCAUCUGUGUCUCUGAACUGGACUGAGCCUCAGGGAAAGAGCUCAGUCUAUAGAGUAGAGUGGAAUGACAGCUCUGUAGCUAUGAAUGAAACCACAAGUCAAACGUCCAUGAACAUAACCGGUCUGACCGCUGGAGUUCAGUAUAUGUUCAGAGUGUUUGCGGUUGCUGGAGAUAAUCAAACUGCAGGAAAUUCUGUCAAUAAGACUCAGUACACAAGACCUGAUGUCAUCAGGAACCUCUCUGUCACUGAAAUAACCACGUCAUCUGUGUCUCUGAACUGGACUGAGCCUCAGGGAAAGAGCUCAGUCUAUAGAGUAGAGUGGAAUGACAGCUCUGUAGCUAUGAAUGAAACCACAAGUCAAACGUCCAUGAACAUAACCGGGCUGACCGCUGGAGCUCAGUAUAUGUUCAGAGUGUUUGCGGUUGCUGGAGAUAAUCAAACCGCAGGAGAUUCUGUCAAUAAGACUCGGUACACAAGACCUGAUGUCAUCAGGAACCUCUCUGUCACUGAAAUAACCACGUCAUCUGUGUCUCUGAACUGGACUGAGCCUCAGGGAAAGAGCUCAGUCUAUAGAGUAGAGUGGAAUGACAGCUCUGUAGCUAUGAAUGAAACCACAAGUCAAACGUCCAUGAACAUAACCGGGCUGACCGCUGGAGCUCAGUAUAUGUUCAGAGUGUUUGCGGUUGCUGGAAAUAAUCAAACCGCAGGAGAUUCUGUCUAUAAGACUCAGUACACAAGACCUGAUGUCAUCAGGAACCUCUCUGUCACUGAAAUCACCACGUCAUCUGUGUCUCUGAGCUGGACUGAGCCUCAGGGAAAGAGCUCAGUCUAUAGAGUAGAGUGGAAUGACAGCUCUGUAGCUAUGAAUGGAACCACAAGUCAAACGUCCAUGAACAUAACCGGGCUGACCGCUGGAGCUCAGUAUAUGUUCAGAGUGUUUGCGGUUGCUGGAGAUAAUCAAACUGCAGGAGAUUUUGUCAGUACGACUCAGUACGCAAAACCUGAUGUCAUCAGGAACCUCUCUGUCACUGAAAUCACCACGUCAUCUGUGUAUCUGAGCUGGACCGAGCCCCAGGGAAAGAGCUCAGUCUAUAGAGUAGAGUGGAAUGACAGCUCUGUAGCUAUGAAUGAAACCACAAGUCAAACGUCCAUGAACAUAACCGGGCUGACCGCUGGAGCUCAGUAUGUGUUCAGAGUGUUUGCAGUUGCUGGAGAUAAUCAAACCGCAGGAGAUUCUGUCAGUAAGACUCAGUACACAAAACCAAAAAUGCCAUCAAACGUGAAGGCUGUUGGCAGCACAACGAAUAUGACAGUGACCUGGAGCAGUUCCAGUGGGGAUAAUUCUUCCUACAAGGUUAAGAUCUUCAAUAGCAGCAGUGUGCUGAUAGGCAACAGAACUGUGUCGUCCAUUCAGCCAGUAGUGUUCUCCAACCUAAGGCCGGGGCAUCUGUACAUCGUUAAAGUCAUCAUCCACAGUGGGCCCUUCAGUGCGUCGUCAAACAUAACAAAUGCAACAUAUCCAAACCCACCUGAAGCCAUUAGGGUGGAGGAACAGACCACCAUUUCCAUUAACAUCAGCUGGGGAAGACCGGUGCACAUGGACCCGGGCCAGUACAACUUCACCGUAUUCCGAUCUGAUCACCAGCCCAUGACACUUGCAGACAACUGGGCUCUUGUGGAGAACCUUACAUCUGGAACCCAGUACAACAUCUCCGUGGCAACUGUGGGUCCAUUGGGAUACCAGAGCGUGCCAGUCCAGAUAUCAGCCACCACCAGACCCCAGCCUGUGAGUAAUUUGCGGGGUAAAGAGAUCACUACAUCCAGUAUCACGCUGAUUUGGGACCAGCCAGAAAGGAGCAUUACACCUACUAUGUCAGGGUGGCAGGCCCCAAUGGCACCCAGAGUAACCAAUGUGAACAGUACCAGUGAGAGAAUAGAGAAACUGCAGUCGGGGUACAACCACACAUUUACCGUCACCACUCUGACAGCCGAUGGCACCCCAGCCUCCCCUCAGUCCAUCAGUUUAUUCACAAGGCCCUUUCCUGUUACAGGAUUAAAUGCUGUCACGCAGAACACCAGCACUGUGUAUCUGAGCUGGAAGAAACCGCAGGGGUACCAGCAUUACUACACUUACAGGGUGGAGACCACUCAGUGCACAUCUGCCCCGAAGAACCAAUCAGAGAACAGUGAAAGCACCUAUGUCACAGAUCUGAGAUCAGGUUCCAACUGCUCCUUCACAGUGUAUUCCCAGGUUGGGAACAAAAUUGAGGGAGAGGCAGUUUCAAUCUCUCAAUACACAAAGCCUGAGAAACUAACACCCUCAGUUUCAUCCCACACAAAUGAUUCCAUCACUGUGACAUGGGAUUCUCCCAGUGGCACUGUAGAAAGGUAUGUGGUUAACCUGACCAGCAGUGAUGGGGAGAAUUCAGCAAAGGAACUGAGCUCCUCUAACCAGUCCUAUGAGUUUCCUGGCCUGAUGGCUGGGAAGAUAUACACUGUCAAACUGAAGACAGUCAGUGGGCCCUUCACAGAGGAAUCGGAGCCAGUUCUAAAUGCAACUUAUCCAAACCAGCCCGGACCAAUCAAAUUAAAGAAGAAGACCACCGACUCCAUUGCUGUAGAAUGGGGUGAAGCCCCUGGCAUGGUCAAGGGCUCUUUCAACUACAGAGUCUUCUACCAGCCGUCUGCCAACCUCACCAUCACCCAGAAUAACACAAUCAUUCUGACAGGCCUGCAUCCUGGAACUGCCUACAACAUCUCUGUCACCUCACUUGGCCCGUUGAGCCUUUUCAGCCUGCCAGUCCACAAUCAAGAGGUCACAAGACCAAAGAAAGUUUCAAAUCUCGAAGUGAAUUCAACAUCUGUGGAUGAGGUUACUCUACAAUGGAAAGCCAGCAGAUACCGCUACAGAGUGGAAACAGCAAACAUCUCAAACGAGACAAGCCUGAAUCAUUACCAAGUGAGGAAUCUCACUCCUGGAACCAACUACACUUUCAGCGUAAGAACAUUGGCAUUUGAUGGGACAGAGGGAGGUCCGAGAUAUGUGAAUGUCUGCACAGACGCGGCUCCCGUGACUGAUCUGAGCUGCAGCGGACCCAACCUCACUCAGGCCAUGCUCAUGCUCUCAUGGACCAAACCCAGGGGCGCCAACGAAGGGUUUCAGGUUAAUUCAAAUAGUGUAGGACAGUGCCAAGACUCCUGCUCUCACAACCUGACCGGUCUCCUGUACAAUGAAGCGUACACUGUGAAGAUCUGGACCUGGGGCUGUGGGAAAAAUAGUGCCAUCACUGAGAUAACCUGCAAGACAGGUAUCACAGUUCCACCUGUUCCUGACACUGCGGACGUGUCCAUCGGUGGGAAAGAGUACAAUAGAUUUACUCUGCAACUGAAGCCCAAUCUCUUCAAUGAUUCUAAUGGCCCAAUCAAGAGCUAUGGGGUGCUGGUGACAUCACAACUAAAGAGCCUGUCAGGUGAAAAUAAGUCAUCGUUGCAGAACUACUUAACUAAAACGUAUGAGGACUGGACAGUAGAGCGCACCACUACGUACCUAGCUGUUAUAAAGGACAUGGAGAGCAGAAACCGGAAUGGUGACGAUGGCCGUGUUGUUGUAGUGGGAGAUGGCACUAAGUCACACUCGUAUAACAACGGACCACUGAGUGCAUUAGGAACUUACAGUUUUGCUGUUGUUAUCUUUACCAAUCUGGAACUAAACAAUGGAAUUGUGUCUGUUGGGAAAUCGUUCUUCUCCAUAUCAGAGUUCAGUCAUGAAGAAAUUUUCCUACCAGUAAAUCCAGUGGUUGUCGGUGGUGCUGCAGGUGGAACUCUUGCUGUUCUACUGAUUCUUAUCAUUGCUACAGUGAUUGCAGCAAUCUGGCUUAAAAGACUUUCCAAAAAACAAUCAUCAGAGGUCCCACUUUACUCUAUAAGGUUAUUUUCUUCCAUUUAUUUACAUGUAAUUAUAUUUAUGAAACUGUUUCUGUUUUACACUUUUUGUUGUUUUUGUUAUUGUUCUUUUUUCAGAGCAAAAGUGAGUUCUCCCGUAAAAGUGGAGAACUAUGAGGCUUAUUUCAGGCAGCACCAAGCCGAUUCCAACUGUGGCUUUGCUGAGCAAUUUGAGAAUCUGAAAACGGUGGGUGUGGCUCAGGCCAAGAGCAGUGCAAUUUUGCUGGAGAACAAAGGGAAGAACCGCUACAAUAACGUUCUGCCCUAUGAUUCUUCACGAGUCAAAUUGUCUGCCGGUGGGAGCGCAUAUGAUGAUUACAUCAAUGCCAACUACAUGCCGGGCUACAAUUUGAGAAAGGAGUUCAUUGCAGCUCAAGGUCCUCUGCCCAGCACGGUGAAUGACUUCUGGAGGAUGAUCUGGGAGAAGAACGUUCACACUCUGGUGAUGCUGACGAGAUGUAACGAGCAGGGGCGGGUGAAAUGUGAAAAAUACUGGCCCUCUGGAACCGGACAUUACAACAACAUAACCGUGACAACCACCUCUGAAAUCCCUCUGGAAGACUGGACUAUACGGGACUUCAGUGUGAAAAAUGUGAAAACUGCAGAGACCCGCACUGUUAGCCAUUUCCAUUUCACUGCCUGGCCGGACCACGGAGUUCCCGAAACCACAGAGCUCCUCAUCAAUUUCAGGCAUCUGGUGAGAGAGCACAUGGACCAGUACUCCCGCCACUUCCCCACUGUGGUGCACUGCAGCGCUGGUGUAGGGCGAACAGGUACUUUCAUCGCCAUAGAUCGGUUGAUCUUCCAGAUUGAGCGCGACAGUGUGGUGGACGUGUAUGGGGUCGUCCAUGACCUGCGUAUGCACAGACCCCUCAUGGUCCAGACAGAGGACCAGCUUGUUUUCCUAAACCAGUGUGCCCUGGAUAUCAUCAGAUCAAGGACUGGGACCAAUGUGGACCUGAUUUAUCAGAACACAGCUGCACUCUCAAUUUAUGAGAACUUUGAACCAAUGAAGAACUCACAAAAUGGCUGCAAUACCUAACCACUGCUCCUUGUUUUGACUGAGGCAUAUGUGAUUGUUCCUAAUAUUUCAAAAAGAGAAAUUAUUGCAUAGAUGGUGAUUGUUAUAUUUAUUUUUCCACUCUAUUUGAAAAUAUGGUGAUAGAGACUAUGGUAAUUGUACAAGUCAAAACAAAGUGACAAUGAAAUACACUGUAGACAAAGGGUUCUUCCUGACUGAAAUUUUGGAAAACCUGAAUAAAUCUGCAUGUAGCUUAUUUAAAUAUAUAUUUAAAGUGAUAUACAUUUUAUAAAUUCCAUAUGCUUGACCUGAAAUUGUGCAAUACAUACAUUUUAGUUGUAUAUAUCGUAUUCUGCUGAAAAAAUAUUUUUGUAAAAUAUGAAUUCACAAAGAUAUCAUGCUCAGGAUACCGUCUAUUCUUUGCUGCCUGUAAUGAAAUCAUGCCUCUAUUAAAAGAGGGUAUUCUCAGAUGCUGUUAAUUUUUUUUUUUUUUCAAGUGAAGAUGUUGUGUGCUUUCUCUAGCAUAGAUCUUGAAGUAUGUCACAGAUUAUGUCAUUAUGAUUUAGAGAUUAAUUUCUAUAUUUUUAUAGAAGCUUUUAUAAGGUCAUCAUUUCAUUUCAGUUCAGUAUAAAACUGUAGCUUCUCUUUUGUGUGGAUGAUAACCAUGUGGGCAGUAUGUGCCAGAUUCCCACUGGCAGAUACCUCUAUCAAUUCUGGAUGGGGGGCACUCUGUUGUGGCAUUCCAACAUGAAGCCUCCAUCAUACCAAAACAAUGAAAGCCAAACCAACUUAAGGUCUCGUGUGCCACAUAAUGCAGUAUAUCAGAACUUGCGUGUAGAACAAUGACACACAGUGUCAUUGAUGCAAAGCACCAAUUAGUGCUAAUAGCUCCCCCGUGGGGGCGGCCUGUAGCGUAGUGGUCAAGGUACAUGGCUGGGACCCGCAAAGUCGGUGGUUCGAUCCCCAGUGUAGCCACAAUAAGAUCCGCACAGCCGUUAGGCCCUUGAGCAAGGCCCUUAAACCCUGCAUUUCUCCAGGGGAGGAUUCUCUCCUGCAUAGUCUAAUCAACUGUAUGUCGCUCUGGAUAAGAGCAUCUGCCAUAUGCCAUUAAUAUAAUGUAAUGUAAUGUUGUAGAGAGUCUUCAGGCUGCUAAAUGUGACUGAGUGUGUGAGAGUUAGAAGCCAGGUCCAUGAGAUGCUUCACAUCGCACAAAUGCGUUAUGCCGAUGGCAAGUCCAGAGAAGCUGCAGACAAUGGUAAAAGCCAAGCCUGCGAAUUAAAUUAUAUCAACAUCAAUUCUAGAGCUGAUGUACAAAGCAAUUGUGUAUCUAAAAUGUAGUGUCACUGUCUAGCAAAACUGUAGAACUUUUUUGACUCAAUAUAGAGAAAGGCAUUGACAGCACCGCUCCCACAAAUGCACCGGCUUUAUUUAAUAUUUUGUUAAGGCUAUUGCUCUUUGUAUUUGUUUUAAAAAUUGUGUAAUGUUUUGAAAUAUGAAGGUUGAAGUUUGAAUAUGUAUGAAAUUCAGUGACUGCUGUUAAAUGCUAUCAAAAUUAGAAUCUGCUUUUGUGCAAUAUCACAAUUAUCUUACCUUGUUUCUUCCUUUUCAUAAUUUAAUGAGUACCGGAUUGAAAUUGCUUAGGCCAAAGCAUCAGUCAUACAGCAAUCAUAAGUCAUGUGGUUAAGACAUGGUAGAAUGGGCCAUAACCCUGUACUCACUAUUCCAAAAUAUAUGAAAUUGCCAAUGAGGGACAUACAGAAACAGAAAGCCUAUGCUGUUGAAUCCUGGUUGUCUGACAUUUAUGAGAAUAAAACAGGAAUACAUUUUUGAGCUUGAAUACUUGAAGGAUGACAGUUUUGUGUUAAAUUAACUCUGAUACAGUGCAUUUGAUACCUUCUGAACCCAUAUGGACUCUGUUAGAAUUAAGUUAAUAUUUAAUGGGCCAGUUUCAGAUUAAGCUUAGUUCUCAUCUAAAUUGAGUUUUGUAUGGAGAAUCUCCAUUCAAGCGUAAUUGUUGUGUCAGUGAAACUGGUCUGAUUUUUAUAUAUACUUUACUUGUAUCCAAACAAAGUUUCAUAAACAAUCCAGGAGUAUUCAAUACCAUAUCCGGUUUGUAAAUCUUUUCUUAAUAAUAUAUUACUUAUUUCCCACUAGUGUGUAGUAAAGAAAAUGAAAAUGAAGAAUUGACAAAAAUAGAUCUCUAUCCAGACCAGCCCACUCCCAUAUCUUGGUUUUAUCCUUGUAGCUGUGCAGGAAAACUUGAAACUUCUUUCUUUUUAGGAAAGGAGACCCAUAGUAAAUGGUUCUCAGAAAUGUGUUAAUAUGGUAUGUAGAGCAAUUAUUCUUGUUCUGAUUAUAUAUAUUUAAAUAUUUUUUUUAAUGUUGAAAAAGUCCUUUCCAUUAAAUGUAUUUUGUGUUCCUCUGUAAUGAGAAGGGACUGACCAUGUGGUUCAGAGAAGAUUCAUUUCCUGUGAUUUUCAUGCCACUCUUUGAACUGUUCUAUGAUGACCUGUGUUGCUCCUGUAAAUGUUCAAAGCACUUCAUUUUGUGAUUUUAUUAGUGUUUUCUAAAUGAGAUUUUAAUUGUAUUCCUUGUUUAAAGUCAUAAUAUAAUUCUGCUCAAAAUGUAUUAUGGUGGUAGGUACAAUGUGAAGGGAAACUUAUUGCUACAGUGCCAACAAUGUUAUACAUAACCUUAUACAGUCUGGGAUAGAAAUGUUGCACUUUUUUUAAUUGCAUAUGUAUGUGUUUGUUUGAGAGAUGGAAAUCAUUUUAAAAUCUAAAACGUGCUGAUACUAUGCAUUCAAUUGUUGAAUAAAUCUAUGCAUUCUAAUGA